CUGGCGUGGGAGAUCACGCCACGAUACCGCCGCUCUUCAUCGUAUAUUCCGUCGUUGACGCUACUCGAUCGACGCGAUAUCUGACAUUUGACGUCGCCCUUGUCGAGGACGACGACGACGACGACGGUGAGUCGCGAGUGAUCGAGGACAGAGCGUUUGUAUACAUCAGCGUCGUCGUAUGAUCCGAUCAAAAUUUCCUAACGAUAAUUUUUACAUCGCGAUAUAAGUGUGAUGUAUGGUGUUCGCGAUGUGUUGGCGAAUGAUAAGUGGAAUACCGUGAUGUAAACUAUCACGUCAAAAGGAUGUCAUAACAGAACAAAGAAGUUCUUUAUAAAAAAAAUUCAUGAUAUUCAAUUCUGAACAAUGAGUCCACAAAAUCAUAAAAAUAAUUUAACUCCAAAGAACAUGGAGUCUAACGGAUAUUCCACUGGCAAGAUCAUGGCUAAAGAAGCGAGGAAUCAUUCAUCUCCUUGUGAGUCAGUGGACUCGAUGCCUUGGUUUGGAAUGGAUAUAGGCGGUACCUUGUGUAAAUUAGUAUACUUUGAACCAAAGGACAUAACGAGAGACGAAGCAGAUGCAGAAGUUGAGACGCUGAAAAAUAUUCGUCGAUAUCUUACUAAAAACUCGGCGUAUGGGAAAACUGGUCAUCGUGAUACGCAUUUACAAAUGAAUAAUGUUUGCAUUAGGGGCAGACAAGGAACGUUACAUUUCAUUAGAUUUCCUACAAGUGAAAUGGGAAAUUUUUUAGCACUAGCAAAAUCAAAGGGCAUGGCGAAUCUUGUGACUACUGUUUGCGCCACAGGUGGUGGUGCCUUUAAAUUCGAGGAUAAUUUUAAAAAGGAAGUAAACAUGAAUUUGGCAAAAUUCGAUGAAUUAGAUAGUUUAAUACAUGGAAUGCUCUACAUAGAAACCACGAAUCCGCAUGAAUGCUAUUAUUGGUCGAAUCCCACCGAUGACAGCAAAUGUCAGAAAGUACCCUAUAAUUUUUCUGAACCAUAUCCUUUCUUGCUUGUCAACAUAGGCUCUGGAGUAAGCAUAUUAGCUGUAUAUGGACCAGAAAAUUAUAAAAGAAUAUCUGGAACGAGUUUAGGUGGCGGAACAUUUUUGGGAUUAUGUUGUUUACUUACCGGUUGUAACACCUUCGAAGAAGCGAUAGAAUUAGCGACGGGCGGCGAUAACACAAGAGUAGAUAAAUUGAUCAAAGAUAUAUAUGGCGGCGAUUAUGAUCGUUUCGGUCUUCCUGGAGACCUAGUUGCGAGCAGUUUCGGGCAAAUGAAUUGCACAGACCGCAGAAAUACCGUCACGAAAAAAGAUCUAGCGCGUGCAACGCUCGUUACUAUCACAAAUAAUAUCGGUUCCAUUGCGCGCAUGUGCGCAGUUAAUGAAAAAAUUGAGAGGGUUGUAUUUGCUGGGAAUUUUCUCAGGGUAAAUCCCAUAUCGAUGAAAUUAUUGGCCUAUGCUAUGGAUUAUUGGUCUGAAGGAACCUUGAAGGCCCUGUUUUUGGAACAUGAAGGUUACUUUGGCGCUGUGGGAUGUCUAUUGCAAUUUAAUGGCGAAUCGAGCUAAACAUAAUGAAAGAUGUUGAACAAUUAUCACGCGACAUACAGCAUUCCAUACAACCAGCUCGGCAGAAUUUUUCGAGUGAGCAAAAUUGUUCAACAUAACUAUUUAUUUUUAUUACAUUUUCUGCUUAAUUAUUCGCACGAGUAUAUAUAUGAAGCAAUUGUUUAUUAUUAGAGAUGAAAGGAUCUCUAUAUUUAAAAAAUGUGACUAUAUAUCAGUAAAUUAUGUCAUAUAAUUAUCAUAACUUUUCUGUAAAAAAAAUAAUUAUGUCAGGGUAUAUUUCUUUUUCCUGUUAGAGAUUAGUUAUUUCGAUAUAAUUGUUCGAUUAUGAGUAUAAAUUCAGCACGACUCGGUAGACAGGAUUGAUAAUGGACCAAACCCAAAGGGAAUUAAGGAUUGCCUUUCUUCCCGAUGUUCGUUACAUGCCGUAUAUAGACUAGUUCUACCUCAUAAUUUAUAUUUUCAAAUUUUUCUACAAAUGCACAGAUUUUUAUGUAUAUAAGUAAUGGCAAUCGUUAUUACAUUUGCGUGCCCGACCUUUCGUAAUCGGCGAAUAAAAUCAUUGUAAUGCUAAAUACUUAUGCAUUAAUUGUUGAUAUGCUGCGCGUUAUUAGAAGGAUAAAUUUCUUAAUACGAGCUUUUAAUUGAUUACAAUUUUUAAUCAAAUAUUAUUCGCCUAUAUGCGCGAUUGGCAGUAGCUGAAAAUUAAGAAUUUUUUACAUCGUUUAUAUUGUUACAGCGAGAUAUCGUGUUUCGUAAUUCAGAAUACACAUGCUUCCUUCAGAUAUUACGAAAUGAUAUACUCCAAAGUGUCAAAUUUUGUUUUUAAGAAGUAUAAUAGAAUAAUGUGAAUAAAUGAAAAUUAUUGAAAAACG